AUGUUGAAAACAGCCUUGAUUGCUGGCGAUUUCAAUGGUCACGUGGGAGAGAGAAACUUGGCAAUAGAGCGUGUCCAUGGUAGAUAUGGGAGCGGGGCUGUAAAUCCCAACGGAGAACGGCUAAUUGACUUCGCAGUGGCAUACGAUCUGGCUAUAUUGAACACGUUCUUCAAAAAGAAGGAUUACAAUACAUAUGAAAGUGGAGGACAGGAAACACAAUUGGACUACAUAUUAUACAAGAGAAGUAAAAUGAGUGAAGUCAGAAAUUUUAAGACGAAGACCAGAGAAGUUUGUUUCAGGGAGAGAGUGCUGGAGCAGAUAGAGUUGAGAGAAGGAGUUGAAGAGUGGUGGAAUUUGAAUGCUUCAAUGAUCCGACAAGCUGCAGAGGAAAUGUUGGGGAUGACAUCUGGUAAAGGGACCACCAAUGACAAGGAAACUUGCGAACAAAGCAGCAAAAAAGCAGUGGCAGUAGCUAAAGCUGAGGCAAGGGAAGAAAUGUAUCAAGAACUCGAUACAAGAGGAGGACAGAAAAAGAUUUAUAGAAUAGCAAAGGCCAGAGACAAGAGUAACGAAAGAUCAGACACAUAUCAGGCAUAUGAAGGAUACAGAAGGAAAUGUUUUAAGGGUAACAUCCAGGACUGCACUAACUACAGGGGAAUUAAAUUGAUCUCACAUACAAUGAAGCUUUGGGAGAGAACUAUUGGAAUGAGGAUCGAGGCUGAAACGGUCAUCAGUGAAAACCAGUUUGGAUUUGUUAAGGGAAGACAGACAUCAGAUGCUAUUUUUGCCUUAAGACAGACAAUGGAAAAAGAUGUAACAUCACAAGUUAGUAGUUGCGUCGGAAUAACGGAUGAAUUUAACAUCAAAGUAGGACUCCACCAGGGCUCUACUCUCAGUCCGUAUAUAUUCGACCUUAUAAUGGACGUUCUAAGCGAAGGGAUUCAAGAGGAGGCACCCUGGACAAUGUUAUUUGCAGAUGACAUUGUCUUGGUGUGUAAAACAAAAGAAUCAUUGAGAGAGAAACUUUCGCAAUGGAAGAGGGCUUUGGAGGACCGAGGCUUGAAGAUAAGCAGAACAAAGUCUGAGUACCUCUCAUUUAAUGAUUUUGAGGAGAAAAUGGGGUGGAAAUGGAUGACGAGAUGA